AUGGGCACCAAACGAACCCAUUACGAUGACCAUGAAGAGGAAGAAGAACAGUCAGGAAGUGACGUUCAGUUUAUGAGUGAAAGUGAAGGGGGCGUUGCUCAAUGGAUGGAUGAUGACGAACUAAGCGAGGUCGACGAGUUCAAGCAGGAGGGCCACCGACCCGAAUCGGACGACGAAGGAAGGUUCAAAAAGCAACUCGCAUCAAUGUCUUUUGGAGCACUAGUGGAGGCGAACCGUGCCAUCAAGGGGGAAUCCUCCUCUUCAUCCUCGGAGAGCGACAAAUAUGAAGAGUUCGAUGCUCUCAGUCAGUCUGGGUCGUCGGGGAAUGACGACGACGACGACGACGAUGAGGAGGACCAGGCGAGCUCGUCGAGAGUUCCGAAGACCAAAGAAGAAUUGAAGCGUAAGAACAAGUAUGCGCCGGUGGAGAUGAGUUCAGUGAGACCCGUUUCAAGCAGGCGUCAGGUAGUUCAACCCAUCAAAAUUGAACGACGGGAUCCUCGAUUCUCAUCACUCUCAGGAAAUUAUUCUGCUGGCCUCUUCCGCACUAGCUACGGUUUCCUGGCGUCGCUUCAAGAAGAUGAACUUUCUCAACUCAAGACAACCUUGUCCGAUGCGAAGAAACAACUUGUAACCUGCCCACCAGAAGAGCGCACGGAGAGAGAAGAAGGGGUGAAUAAAUUAUGGAAGGCGACGAGGCGAUUGGUGACUGCCGUAGAUCGGACAAAGAGGGAGAAGCGUGACCAUGAUGUGCUAAGAAAGGUGAAGAAGGAGGCGCAGGCAAAACAACGCGAAGGAAAGAAAGCAUGGUUCUUGAAGAAGGCCACACAACGUGAAUUGCUCACCAAGGCACGGUUCGAGGAGUUGGAGGCUCAAGGAGGCAAGCAAGCGGUCAAGAAAGCCAUCGAAAAACGGAAGCUGAAGGUCAGUCAGAAGGAAAAGAGAAGCAGACCAGAUUUUCUGCCAAAACAAAGCUCGUCUGCGCGUGGCAAGCCAGCUGGUGGUAGCGGUAGCACAAGGUUUGAGAAACGGCGCAAAAUAACUUAA